CGUGGCGCCUCUGGUGCGCUGCGGUUGCUAGGGAGCCGUGGUCAGAGCAGCGCGAGCUGCGUGAAGCGGCGGCGGGACUAGGCGACUUUGAUCAGGGAGACCUGCGUUAGCUGAACGGUAACGCAGCUUUUCGCCUGCCUCAGUUCCUUCCUACCACUGGCAGGUUGACUGACACUUGGCACAAUUUGCACAUCUGAUUAAUGUCUCUGUUGGCAAUUGUACAUUGUGGGUCUGAGAUGGCAACUGAUGGCAUCCAGUGGAGCUGAAGAAGUGAAAAUACAAACCUCUCAGCCAGCAUUUGGUGCUUCCAUAAUUCCUACAGUGGUCCAUGUGCCCAACGGUGAAGUUGUUUCCUGCAAGCUGCAGAGGAGGGGACUCCAGCCUUCGGAGCCCUCUGUCGCUGCUGCCAAUGUGAAUGCGGGGCUGGAGCAGCUCCUCUGCGUCUCAGGGACCAAUACACACUGUGCCUUCUUUCCUGUGCAAGCAGCUUAUCCUUCAGUAGCCAGGGUUGAUGGUGUUUGGAGUUCUGGGGUUAGCUGUACUAAUGGAAUUACUAAUAGUCAGAUAAUCUCCAGUGUAGUUGCCAAGAACUCUCAGUGUUCCAGUGUUCCCCUUGUUUUCCGCCAAAAUCCUUUUCGGCUGGAGCCAAGCAUCUACAGCUCCCAGCCCCACAAGCACCUGGGCUCGCACCGCCUGCGUUCUCGGCUGCUGGGCAAGAGGGCCUUCUCACUCCAACCUGCUGUUUAUCCAGCAUGUCCCUCCCCUCCAAAAGCCACCUCUAAGUUCUCGGAGAUUUCUCUUACAAAAAGCACAAUGCCCACCAAUCAGUCUUCCCCACAAGCUACCAGCAAGUUCAACGGCAACAGCAAUGGAUUUUUACGACCUGCCACAACUCAAGUGCCUGUCCACCCCCGACAGAAGCUCAGAGACUUGGCAAAUCCUUCUACUACCCUGUCUCUAUCUACUUCUCAUCAAUGCAGGACAGAUAAAGGCAGCUGCGAAAUGGACACAAAACUUUCAUGUCCCACUGUGCCUUUGCAGAAGAAUUGCAAAGAUGUAAUUCUGGGCGAUGCCUUUGGGGUUGAGGACAUGCUGAAGAGUGAGAAUGUUGUAGCAGGAAGUGUCAAGGUGGUACAGCCAAACAAUGUUCAGCAGGGGCUCCAAGUGUUGUGUACAGGGAAAAGGCUCUCCACUGAAGUGUCUUUCACAGCUGCUGUGAGGACAAUGGCUAGGAAGCUGAGUAACGGUGCAGUACACACCCCAAGCAGAGCUCCAGCUACACAAUCAACCACCGCUUUUGUCUUGCGCCCAGAAAAUGUGGUAGUUGACUCCAUACCCUUUGUUGAUGUGCCUCCAGUAACGCCUGCACUUCUAUCUGCACUCCCACUUACCCAGGUGGACCAGGGGUCAAAUUUGGUUGCUGCCAAACCUUCCAGCCUCCCUGGCCUUAGGCUGAGUUGUAGUACAUCCUGCUCUUCAGAUGCUUCGUAUGCUAGUGGUGGUAAAGGCCAUGCCAUUCCAGGGGAGACUAUGGAUGCGUUAUCUGUUCCUCAGUCACCAUCUGUUUGUUCAGUAACUACCCAAAUAUCUGCCAUACACCUCACUAAGCAAAGUGUUUCCCUCGACCUGAAAAAGGAGAAAAGCUUCUCCCUGCCUUUGCUGGAGGAGCAGGUUGCCACAAAUCAUAGUGUUUCAAAUCAUGAAGGUACUGGCUUGAUGCAGGUCACUGCAGAGGAAGAUGAGCUCCCUGACGAUGUUGAGAAUGACUGUGGUGGAAAUGUAGAUGAUGGGUCUGAAUGCUCCUCCAUGGAUGAUGGGGCCUCUGCAACCUCUGUGGUAAUUUCAUCAAGCGUUGAGGAAGCUGGAGCGUCUGACCAGGAGGACAGCAAGGUUGAGAAGCCAGCAUUGGUGACUAGCCUGUUCACCUCCAUCCCUCCUACGCUGUAUUUUGGCUUGCCCAAUGAGACGGUUGAGGAUCUGCCGUCAGAGCAGAAGAAGUUGCUGAAAUGGAAGAUGAGCUCAGUAACCCCCAACGUAGUGAAGAACGCUAUCGCUAGGUCUCACUUCACAGCUACCAAGAAAAGUCAUGAUUGGCUGGGCUGUUGGGGUCACCACAUGAAAUCGCCCGGAUUCAAAGCCAUCCGAGAAUACCAGAAGCUGAACCAUUUUCCAGGAUCCUUCCAGAUCGGCCGGAAGGACCGGCUGUGGCGCAACCUUUCCAAGAUGCAGGUGCGCUUUGGCAAGCAGGAGUUCGGCUUCUUCCCAAGGUCCUUUGUGCUCCCACAGGACAGCAAGCUGCUAAGGAAAGCGUGGCAAGAUGGGGGCAACCGGCAGAAAUGGAUCAUCAAACCGCCUGCAUCUGCUCGAGGAAUUGGGAUUCAGGUGAUUCACAGAUGGAGCCAACUCCCCCGCAGAAGGCCUCUCUUAGUGCAGAAGUACCUCCACAAACCCUACCUCAUUAGUGGUAAUAAGUUUGACCUGCGGAUUUACGUGUACGUCUCUUCUUUUGACCCGCUCCGCAUCUACAUCUUCAAUGACGGCCUCGUCCGUUUCGCCAGCUGCAAGUACUCCUCUUCUAUGAAAAGCCUGGGUAACAAGUUCAUACAUCUGACAAACUACAGUGUGAACAAGAAGAACUCUGAGUAUCAGAACAACAUUGAUGACAAGUCCUGUCAAGGUCAUAAAUGGUCUUUGAAGGCACUCUGGCGGUAUCUUGGCUCAAAAGGUGUCAACACCAGCCAAAUAUGGGAGAAGAUCAAAGACAUUGUCAUCAAAACCAUCGUCGCGUCAGACCCUUACGUAAACUCACUGGUCAAGAUGCACGUGCGCUCACCAUACAGCUGCCAUGAACUCUUUGGCUUUGAUAUCAUGCUUGAUGAGAAUCUGAAGCCCUGGGUGCUUGAGGUCAACAUCUCUCCCAGCCUGCACUCCAGAACUCCGCUAGACAUUGCAGUUAAGAGCCAGAUGAUCAGGGAUGUGCUGAACCUGGCUGGGUUCGUACUUCCGCAGUGCGAGGAUGUGGUGCCCUCCGGCAGCAACACCAGCCGCUCUGGCAACAGUGUUUCUUUAGGAAUGAGAAUGCGAUCCCGUCACUUGGCAGAACGAUCGUCUGAUGAGAAGGUCAAGAGAGCCCUAUUCCUGAAGCAGCAUUCUGCAGACCAGGAUUUCUCCGCUGUACUGGAAGGGCUAACUGCAGAGGAUAUAUGGACGCUGGCGGAGUCUGAGGACGAGCUGAGCCGGAGGGGCCAGUUUGAGCGCGUGUUCCCGUCCCCCAUGUCGUCACGCUACCUGCGCUUCUUUGAGCAACCUCGCUACCUCAACAUCCUGCUCAACCAGUGGGAGCAGAAAUACUGGCAGAACAGGGACAGAGGUAUCAGUCUGCUGCAGAGACUGUGUGACAGAGGUGUGCACCUGAGCCCUGCCUCUGAUCCAGCACACCUUUUGUCAUACAGGUCCAUCUCUGGCCAAAGCUUUGACUCUUACAGCAACCUCUCCAGUGUUCAAGAACCAAUUACUUCUAGUGUGGUGGUCAGUGGGAAACUGACACCUGAGAUUGAUGAAGAUGACUUUGUCAUCCCAAGCCCACCUGAUAUGGCCCUGCUGGGGUCCUGUGGUUCCAGUCCCUGUUCUAGUUCGGCCAGUGAGAGCCUAAACUCCAAAGACUACAUCUGAUGUCCUUGUUCCACUGUUUACAUUGAUGCCUUUCAGCCAGUCUAUUCAUAACCAUACACAAACUUACGCACACACACACACCUACAACCCUAUACUUUGUCUUAUGGAGAUGCAUACAGAUCGGAAAAUACCACAGACCAAUUCUUUCCUUUGUAUGAACACUCUCACUGGUAUGUUUGGGUCUUGCUGAGCUGUCUCAGUCUAAUGGGCUUCUUGGAGAGAUGUGAUCAGAUAUGAAAACGAUAGUUUAGUCAAAUUCUCUUUGAAGAAGCUGUCACUUGGCCAAGGGGAUGAACUACUAGUCUGGAUCUGUAUUCAGAGACUGAAACUUACCUGAUCCCAAGGUAUGUUUACAUUUAAAUGCUAGACUGGCUAAUGGUGCAUCUAUUUAUCAGAUCAAUUCAGAUUUGCUAGGUAUAUGUGAACUUUUGCAGAGGAAUGAAUAGUUAUAAUUAAUAAUAAAGAUGUGUUUUAUCAAUUCAGACAGUUUUCCUCAGAUCUGGGGAUAAUAGUGCUCAGGUUCAGCUUUUCACAUUAAAACAAAUACUUGAA